AAGCAAGUGGAGGAUGAAGGGGAAUUCAGCUACGAGCGAGGCAGUGACAUAGGGCCGGAGCACUGGGGGGAGAUCCACCGGGAGUGGGCGACGUGCGGCGCGGGGCAAAUGCAGUCCCCAAUCGACCUAGCCAACAACCAAGUGCGAGUGGUCGCCGGCCUCAGCCAGCUGCGCCGGGCUUACGGCCCAGCCAAGGCUGCCAUGAGAAACCGCGGUCAUGACAUUGAGAUAAAAUGGGAGGAAGGUGGAGGAGGGAUGUGGGUGAAUGCGACCUACUACGUUCUGAGGCAGGCACACUGGCAUUCUCCAUCAGAGCACACUAUCAAUGGCAGCAGAUACGCACUCGAGUUGCAUUUGGUGCACCAGAGCAGGGACAACAAGACUGCCGUGGUCGGAAUCGUGUACACCAUCGGUCGGCCGGACUCGUUCGUUAUGAGGAUGGAAGAAUUCAUCAGGAGAGCAAGCGACAUGGGAGGAGAAGAAGAAGAGGUGCAAUUGGGGAUCGUAGACGCAAGUGCGAUAUUAAGCAUGGGAAGCAGCCGCAACAGCGAGGAGUAUUACAGAUAUAUGGGAUCGUUAACCACACCUCCCUGCACAGAAGGUGUCACUUGGACCAUUAUCAAACAGGCGAGGACGAUUUCAUUGGAACAGAUACAGCUACUCAGAGAGGCAGUGGACAAUGAGACGAACGCGAGACCGACACAGCAAACCAACAACAGAACGAUUGCCUUGUUUAAGCCUGCAAAGUUCCACCUUUGAGAGGAGAAGCAC